AUUCAAAACAAUAAAAACCAUGUUUAUCGUAUAUUAAACAAAUUUUCAAUUGAAAAAACUUGAAGUUGUAGCUACUAAUUUAUUUUACACAAGUAAGGAAGAAUAUGGUGAUUAAAUAAGAAAAUAACUCAUCAGUCCAAGGGAGAGAUGGAUAACUAGAGAAAAAUAAAGUACUAGAUAAAAUACUAUGAGAUCGCAUUCUUCAUUAUAAAUUAAUGAUCUUAUUGAGUGUCACUUAAUAAAAUAAAAAGCAUAAAUAAGAUUGAAAAGUCCGCAUAAAUUCAGUAGAGCCAAAGCAUUAUAAUUAAUUAGAGAGAGAUAAAAAUCGCCUUUCUUAAGAGUAUAGCAGUAAACUCUUCCUAGUUAUUCAAUUACUGCAAUCUAAACAUCAAGAUUGAAAUAUGAAUGA